AACAGUUUAGUUGCGGUUAUUUCUGCGGGUUUUUUCAGUGUCGAGCGUUCGAAAUGGCAGAGAAACGGUUGUGUGUGUGGCGAAAGUGUGUUCCAUUAACGGAAACUCGCCCUUUGGCUUUUAGCGUGAGAAGGCGAGCCUGAACUUGACACGCAUAUCUGUAAGCAGUCCGUCUUAUCUGGCAGACGAAGCCGGACUGACACACUUGCACCAUCGGGUUCUGCGGACAUGCCACAGGUUCUCCAUUUCAUACUCUUCGCUCUGUCCUGCACCGGUUCCGUCUCUUGCUCGAUCGUGUUCGCCAGAGCGGGUGAGGAUGUCACACUCAGUUGCCAGUGUCCCGGUGGCUGUUACGACGAGCUUGUCCGCUGGGUUCGAAUGAAUUCGAAUGAGACACUGCAAAUUAUCGAUACUAAAUGUGAGAAAUCGCCGUGCCGAUUCACCAGCAAAAGAACAGACGAUAUCCUGGUUGCCCUGACGAUUUUACAGGUGGAAUCAGGGGAUUCUGGGCGGUAUUACUGUGGAGAGCACCUCAGUAGCUACCUCCAGUUUACCGAUAAUGGGACCGUUUUAACGGUCGGAGAUGUCUGGACAGACCGCAGUGAAUUGCAUUUGCUGAAUGAAUGGACAGGUGAGGGUGGAAGCCCAGAGCUGGAUUGGAGUGAAGCUCAAACAUCAAACAGUAGUCAAGAGUUAAUGUCUAAAUGGAGGUAUGAGACUAAAGCGAGUGACUUCUUGGAUGUACGGCACACUGAGUUGCGCUGUGUAGUGACCAGACUCAGUGCCCCCUGGGUAAAUAUCUACUGGCGGUCGACCCGCGAAUCAUGGGAAAAAACUGGCCAGACCUCGUCUUUGUCAGCCACCGAGAGAGGGUACAGGGUAGAGAGCCAGUUGCGAAUUGGACUAAAAGUGAAGUCUGACUGGGAGGAUGAGUAUGAGAAUGAAUAUGAGUACGAGCACGAGUACGGGUACCCAGAUAAGAUGGUGGAAAUGGAUGAAGAAUUGUGGUGUGAGGUCCAGGUUGGGGUGAAUGUCUCUGUUCAGAGCCCAAAGUUUUCAUUCCGUCAGCAAACCCAUACUGACUCUGAAUGGUGCAAUGGAGUCAUAUAUGGUGAAAUAGCCUUUUGUGUGCUCUGUGUGUGCCUUCUCACCCUGCUCAUCUGUCACUGUCUCCGCCACCAGCACAAAGGUUCAGAACCAUCAGCGACAGAAGUGUCACCAACACUGAACUCUUGCAGAGAUGUGUCCUCGGACAUCACCUAUGCUCAUCUGGAUAUCAAGAAACAACCCAAGACAGAGAGACGACAAAGACAGAAGAGCAGACAGAAGAACAGUCAGGAAGACAGACUGGUGUACAGCGAAGUGAGACACAAAUGUGAAGACAGAGUACUGCAUGGGUGAGAGACAGAGAUUCGGAUACCUACAGAAAGACCCCCUGAUACUGCAAGACCUGCUUGUGGGGAGAAGGAAAGAGAGGCAAACAAAGACAGGCAGUCAAUUAGGUUUCUGAAAAUUCUGUGUUGUUGUCUCUCAUUGUAAACUUGCAUGGUUUGUCAUUUCUACCCAACCUUCUAAUUUUGGGGAAACAUUAACAGAAAUAUUUGCCUCCAUAAGAACAGUGCUUCCUAAAUGUUUAUUGCAUCACAUUUCGUUUGAAGAUCGUUUUUUCUGCAGCAAGACAAAAUUAAUGUGCUACUUGUCACAAUGUUUCAUAAUUUUUCCGUUGAUUGAUGAGAAAUGUGCAGACUGUGCUGGAUUUAUCUUAAGUGAACAGUUUGGGCAAUUACUUUGUUGCCUUAGCUCAUGUUUUAUAUGAUGAAUUAUUCAGUCAUUAAUUAUUAAAAAUGUUCAAUUUUUUCUCAUCUCAAAAUAAAUUCCUGUGAUGCUAACUGUG